AUGACAAUCUCAAUUAAUCCUAUACCAAUAUGGUUGGACUGUGAUACUGGGCAUGAUGACGCUGUCGCAAUUCUAUUGGCAGCUUGUAGCCCAUAUUUCAAUUUAUUGGGGGUAUCAGCGUCAUAUGGCAAUGCUCCUAUUGAAUGCACGGUUGAAAACACACUGUCAAUAUUAACCGCAAUUGGUAAAUACAAGGAUGUUAACGUUUAUGAAGGAGCUGCUAGGCCAUGGGUUCAAGCCCCGAAGUUUGCCCAAGAUAUUCAUGGGUUGAGUGGAUUAGAUGGCUCGGCGCUUUUACCAGUACCUCAAAUUAAGGCUUCAAGUGGUAACUAUAAGACAGCUAUUAAAGAUGCUAUAUUAAAAAAUAAAGGAAAAAUAAGCAUGGUAAGUAUUGGGCCUCUAACUACCAUUGCAACAGUAUUGAAAGAAUACCCAUAUUUAAAGGAGCAUAUUAAAUAUAUAUCGAUUAUGGGCGGCGGUUUUGAAGAAGGUAACAGAAAUGCAAACGGCUCUGCAGAAUUCAAUUUUUGGCUUGAUGCUGAUGCAGCUAGGUAUGUUCUAACAGACCCUGAAAUCAAUUAUAAAUGUAUUUUGGCUACCCUUGAUUUGACUCACAAGGCUAUAGCAACGAAGGAUAUCCAAAAACAAAUACUGGGAACUGGAUCGUCAAAAGUAAGAAAUUUGUAUCAUGAAUUAUUCUUAUUUUUUGCUGCGACUUACAAGACUACCCAAGGGUUUGAUUACGGGCCGCCAGUUCACGAUCCAUUGGCGUUAAUUACACUACUUCACUUUUAUGGUAUGGCUUCAGAGGAAAUUGAUCUCAGAUACUCUAGAAUGGAUGUUGAAGUUAUUACUGAAACUAAUGAUGAUGAAGGUAAAGUUUAUUGUAUUGAGCAGCAUGAAAUAACAUCUGGCAAAGGUGUAAUUGCAGUAUCAGACAUGAACUUCGAAUUCUUCUGGGAGCAACUCCUCUUAGCACUAACUGCCGCUGAGGAAACAUCUACGAUAGAGGUCCAACAAAAUGAUUAUAAACUAAAAACCGAAGUUAUUUAA